AUGGAUCGCUUCCUCUCCCCCCAGAGCCCCGAGGCACUCGCCCACACCUACCUAACGGAGAAUUGGUUUAGCUGGGAUACCGCCCAUCCAUCGCUGGACGAAACAUUGAUCGCUGGAUGCGCCACGUACGAAGCGUUCCAGCGUUAUCUCAACGGCACAGACCUCUACCUGGUGCCACGUUCGAGGAGUGAGCUGGAGAGUGUGUUGAGGAGAUACGCCUAUGAUACCAUACACAACACCAUUGCGAAGGCACGUUCGCCGCUUGAGCGUGGCGGCUACAGCCGCGCGUGUUUUCUUGUUGAGAAGUCUAUCAGCAAGGUUCUCGACGAGAAUGACAACGCGUCUGCUCUCCUUGAGCUUCACUCCUCGGGUCACAACAACACCAUUGGCUCCGAUAUGAACACGACUGCUGCGACGAGGUCUAUCAAGAUCAAGUAG